AGUGGGGUUGGCAGCAGGGACAGAGGGAGGGUUGGCAGUGGGGCCAGCAGUGGGGCUAUGGGGCAGGUUUGCAGCAGGGAGAUGGGGAGAUGGUUUGCAGUGGGGAAGGUUUACAGCAGGGAAGAGUUGCAGCAGGGAUGCGGGGAAGGUUUUCAGGAGGGAGGUUUUCAGCAGGGAUGCAGGGCAAGGCUGCAGCCGGGCCAGUUUGGAGCAGGGAUGCAGGGCAGGUUUGCAGUGAGGUGGGUUUGGAGCAGGGAUGUGGGGCAGAUUUGCAGUGGGGUGGGUUUGCAGUGGGGCAGGUUUGCAGCAGGGAUGCAGGGAUGCUUUGCCGUGGGGCUGGUUUGGAGCAGGGAUGCUUUGCCAUGGGGGCUGCUUUGCAGUGGGGCAGGUUUGCAGCAGGGAUGCAGGGAUGCUUUGGUGUGGGGCUGGUUUGGAGCAGAGAUGCAGGGAUGCUUUGCCAUGGGGGCUGGUUUGCAAGUGGGUCAGGUUUGCAGCAGGGAUGCUUUGCCAUGGGGCAGGUUUACAGCAGGGAUGCAGGGAUGCUUUGCUAUGGGGGCUGGUUUGCAGUGGGGCAGGUUUGCAGCAGGGAUGCAGGGAUGCUUUGCCAUGGGGCUGGUUUGGAGCAGGGAUGCAGGGAUGCUUUGCCAUGGGGCAGGUUUGCAGUGGGGCAGGUUUGCAGCAGGGAUGCAGGGAUGCUUUGUUGUGGAGCUGGUUUGCAGUGGGUUAGGUUUGGAGCAGGGAUGCAGGGAUGCUUUGCCAUGGGGCAGGUUUGCAGUGGGGCAGGUUUGCAGCAGGGAUGCAGGGAUGCUUUGGCGUGGGGCUGGUUUGGAGCAGGGAUGCUUUGCAGUGGGGCAGGUUUGCAGCGGGCGGUUGGCCGCGCUGCUGCCGGUCCCCAGCGAGCGGCGCUGCCGCCCCAGGAAAGCCGGGAGCGGCGGGGACCGGACAUCCCCGGCUCCUCCAUCCCCGGGCCCUCCAACCCCGGAUCCUUCAGCCUCGGCUCCUCCAUCCCCAGCUCCUCCAUCCCUGGCUCCUCCAUCCCUGGCUUCUCCAUCCCCGGGUCCUUCAUCCCCGGCUCCUCCAUCCCCGGCCCUUCCAUCCCCAGCUCCUCCAUCCCUGGCUCCUCCAUCCCUGCCUCCUCCAUUCCCGGCUCCUUCAUCCCCGGCCCCUCCAUCCCCGGCCCUUCCAUCCCCAGCUCCUCCAGCCCGGGCCGGUCCCACCUGGCCGUAG